AUGAAUAAAGACAACCCAAGGCUGAAGCAAACUGAUCUUAGUCUGUCUCCUCCUCCUCCUCCUCCUCCUCCUCAUCUGGCAACAAUUUUUGACGAAUCGGUCUUUGAGCAUCCUUCCUCUUUAGAUCACUAUACCCUUCACCAUGCACACAAAAAGGAGAGAUCUAUUUCCCCGCACCAAGUAUCAAACAGCAACAGCAACAGCAACAGCAAUAGCAAUAGCAACUCGCCUGAACCACACAAACAACAUGGCCAAAAACGGCUACAUUCCCCCUUGAGCGAGGUCAAAUCCGCCGCCGAGAAUCAACCUUUAACCGAGCUGGCGCAUGCCAACCACGUGGAGUCAAUUUCACGCUCAAGACCACAACCUCUUCAUCCUUCUCCUCUUCAUCCUUCUCCUCCUCCUAAUCUUUCUGUUUCCGAAGCCGGUGCUCCUGCUACUCCUGCUGCUGCUCCUGCUGCUGCUCCUGCUACUCCUGCUCAUCCUGCUCAUCCUGCUCAUCCUGCUCAUCCUGCUCAUCCUGCUCAUCCUGCUCAUCCUGCUCAUCCUGCUCAUCCUGCUCAUCCUGCUCCUGCCCCUUUUCCUACCAUAUUCAACAGCAUUGAAGAGCAAAUUGACCUACGGCUAGCUUCACUGAAUAACCCUACAAUCAUUAUGGAAUUGGAUCUAGACAGCAAUAUACGAUAUCUAUCACAAAACUGGGAAUACAUUGUUGGUACCAAUAUAAAGAAAAUUGUCGAUAACCCCAUAUCCAAGAUUAUAAUAGGCAAUAAUGACGAAGAUUUCAAAGUGUUUAACAAAGCCAUUGACUCAAUGAUUAGUGAUGAUGUUAGCUACAAAGUUAAAUUCGUCACUGCUACUAGUCACACUCGUCAUGAUGUACACGGAGAUGAUGUUUUGGGUAGUAUUCAUGAAAUCAUUGGAGAUAAUGCCAUUAAUGAAAGUGGACGCUUAACCCCUCAUAACUCAAUAAAUGAUGUUUCCGGAUUAGCAGCUGCAUCUGUCGACGACGACCAUCUACUUGAAAGAAAUAUAUUGGAUUUCGAUAAAGACCUAGAUGAGCACGAAAAUAAUGAUAGUAAUAUCAAUGAGAAUGACAAUGAUAAUGGCAAUGAUAAUGGCAAUGAUAAUGACAAUGAUAAUGACAAUGAUAAUGACAAUGAUAAUGACAAUGAUAAUGACUAUGAUAAUGACAAUGACAACGAUAAUGAUAAUGACAAUGACAAUUACAACAACAAUAACAAUUCCUCAAGUCCCGUAUCUUCUACACUAACCACCGAUGGUGGAUUUUUGGAAUUGGAAGCACAGGGAAUAUUAAUACACGAUGCUCAAACAAAACUACCGACUCACUCUAUGUGGACAAUAAGACCUUUUGUUCGUAUUGAUUUAGAUUUGACAAUACCACCUGCAUUGAUUGAUUUGUUGGGAUUUGGAUCAGAAAUUUUUGAAGAAUACUUGAUGAAUUUGAAACAUUCAAAUAUAACAGAAGAGGAAAAUGUUCCGCAACCAAAUACUAUUUUAUGUAGAAUAUGUGAAACAAGUAUUCCUGCUUGGUUUAUCGAAAAACACUCAGAUUUGUGUAUUAUUGAGCAUAGAGUUGAUGAAAAUUUACAGCAGUGUCAUGAUGCUAUAGUUGAACAACGAAAUUUAAUUGUGAAGAUUAGUGAAAGUUUGGCUCUGCAGACACCACAGCAGCAACUGCUACAACAACUGCUACAACAACUGCAACUGCAACUGAUGCUGCAACUGCAACUGCAACUGCUGCUGCUGCUGCUGCUGCUGCUGCUACCGACUCGGUCACAAGGACAACUAAAAUCGCCACUUCCACCACCAUCACCACCACCAAUAACCCAUAUGCAAGCCACUUUCUCAUCCUCAUCUCACCUGUCAUCAAACUCAUCGGAUGAUGAAGAUAGUUCCAGUAAUGAUCCAAACACAAUUGUCGAGUACAAGGGUAUCCCCUUACCAACAGUGAGCUCAGAGUAUUCUUCACCAAGACUAGCCAAUAAAGUAUUGACUAAGAACUUUAAAGCAAAGAAUAAAAGUAUCAUCUACUCCAAGAAAUUCCCUUUUGGUACAUUGCAGAGGAUUCGCGAAUUGUGCGAUGAUGCUAUAUCAAUUAAUCCUCCUACAAGUAGGAAUAGGGAUAAUAAGAAUAGUAGUCAAACUGAUUUAGAUACUCCUAGUGAUAUUGCAUUCUCACCCGAAUCGGAAAAGUUUUUAGCUGCUGCAAUGAAUUCAGCAAAUAUUGAAUCAUCGGAUCUCGCAAUACGACAGUUGAUUGAGGAUACAAAAAUACUCAUCAAUGAGAAAUUGGAAACUUUAUCAAGAUUUGUUUCUAUUUUACAAUAUCUGGAAAAGAUUAAAAAGGAAGUUGAUGAAUUAGUAUUGAAAGCUGUUCGUGAAACAGUGGAGAAGAUAAGGUCUCAAAUUGAAUUUCAAUUAUCUAGAAGUUGUACUCCCAGCGAAGUAAUAAUAGAAAAUUAUCAAAAAAAACUACCACUACCACCAUCACAAUCACCACCGCUACUACUACUGCAAUCACCAGCACCACAAGCAGCACCACAAACAGCACCACAAGUAGGGGCACCAUCACCAUCGCUGCACGAAGCGGCAAUACAUCUACACCCAUCAUCUCUGUCACAAGCAUUGUUGUCCAAUCAUCUACAUGCAUCACAUGUAGUUGCUCCCAAACCUUCAAGAAGCAAAAGUCCUAUUGAUUUCUUCUCAGAGAAUUCCUUUGAUAACGCAGUCACACCCCAAGACUUGCUAUUGAAAGAUACAAAAGAUUUCUCAUUUGCAACGCCUACUUCGUCGCUGUCAAGUAGACCCAGAAGUGGACUCUCCAUCUCCACCACUCGAGAUCAUCCAACUAGCAGAAAUAAUUCCAAGGAACUUAUUGAAACUAUACAAAAUAACCACGAAUCAUCAAGAAAAUCAGCGGAUAAUUUCCAUUUGGGAUAUUCAACUCCAGGACGUCACCUAUCCCCAGCGCCAUAUGUCGAAAAGACCAACUACAAUUUUAGUUCUCUCCAAAGAAAUACUACUGCCAAACCUUCGCCAAUGUCUCUUCCAAUAGCUGAACCUGUUUCAAGUACAAGCGGAAGCUUUGUUGGAGAUAAAAGAAUCACCAAAUUAUCAUUAGACACAUGUGGCUCGCAUAAUCAAUCCCAUUCUCGUACCCAAUCACAAGCAUCGGCAACCUCGAGUCAAAGGAGUAGUGUUCAUACACGGCCACCACUUUCACCAUUGCUAGUUUCAACACAACAAGCACCUCCCAAGAUCACCGGUAUCAAGGACUACGAAGUGAUUAAACCUAUAAGUAAAGGUGCUUUUGGAUCAGUAUUUUUGGCCAAGCAGAGAAUCACCGGAGACUACGUCGCUAUAAAGUGUUUGCGUAAACGGGAUAUGAUUGCAAAGAAUCAAGUGUUGAAUGUCAAGUCUGAAAGAGCAGUUAUGAUGAGACAAUCUGAUUCUCCUUAUGUUGCUCAAUUAUAUUGUAGUUUUCAAUCAAAAAAUUUCCUUUACUUGGUUAUGGAAUAUUUGAAUGGAGGUGACUGUGGUAACUUGAUAAAAAGUUUAGGUGUUGUCGGUUUAGAUUGGUCACCAAGAUAUAUAGCUGAGAUUAUUGUUGGUGUUGAUGAUCUUCAUAGUCGUGGUAUAAUUCAUCGAGAUUUGAAACCGGACAAUAUUUUGAUUGACAAAGAAGGGCAUUUGAAAUUAACUGAUUUUGGGCUUUCUAGAUUAGGUGUUGUGGGAAGACAAGCACAACAUAGGAAAAGUAGUAUAAAUGAACAAAGCGUGGAAAUAUUUCGAAGUUUAUUUGGAAGUAGUAGUGGAUCUGCUGGAGGAGGAGGAGGAAGCGAUGACCAGAAAAAACAUAGUUUAAGUACUCCAUUCACUUUAUCGCCAACGACUAACGAUCAUUCUAAAUUGAACCAAGUACAUCAAACUACAAAUAAUUCAUUACCACUGGCUUCUUCACCUACUUUGGCAUUUUUGGAAACUUUUAAACAACCAACACCAUCAAGCAAACAUCGACAGAGUAUGCGAUCUAACUCUGGGGGAAUUGAAUCUCCAUUGUUGAAACCAAUUAUACCUAGAACCGCGUCUGAAUCAUCGUUUGCAAUUGUUGAUGAUGACAGUAGUAGUAAUAAUAACACAGUUACAAAUUAUGUUUUGUAUGAUCCGAAAUUAGAAACAAAUAGAUGGAGUGCAAGUGCAGGUGCAGGUGCAGGUGGAGGUGGUAGUCGCAGUGGCAGUGGCAGUGGCAGUGGAGGUGGUGGCCUUGGCAUUGUAGGUGGUAUUGGUGGAAGCAGCGGCGGCGGAAGUGAGAUUAAGAAAUUUGUGGGAACUCCAGAUUAUUUGGCACCAGAGACUAUUCAAGGAGUUGGUCAAAGUGAAGCAUCCGAUUGGUGGUCAAUUGGUUGUAUUUUAUUUGAAUUUCUUUACGGGUACCCGCCUUUCCAUGCAGAGACCCCUGAAAGGGUUUUCGAUAAUAUUUUACGGGGUGAUAUCGAUUGGCCUAAUUUACCAGAAGAAGAGGAUUCCAAAUUAUGUACUCCCGAAGGUAAAGACUUGAUUCAACGUCUUUUGACAUUGAAUCCAGCAAACAGAUUAGGCUCGAAAGGCGCAGAUGAAAUUAAAGCUCACCCUUUUUUCCAAGAUAUCAAUUGGGAUACAUUGUUUACUGAACCUGGUCCAUUUGUUCCUCACUUGGAUGAUCCAGAGCUGACUGAUUAUUUUGAUCUCAGGGGUGCAGGAUCAGUACAGUUUCCAAAAGAAGAAUCAUCUUCAGAUGAAGAAAAAACCGGUGGUGUUAGGAGAGGACGAGGACGAGGACGAGGACAAGGACAAGGACAAGGACAAGGACAAGGACAAGGAGUAGAAGUAGAGGCAGUAGGAGAAGGACAAGGACACGUGGAAUGUGAAUGUGAUUGUGAAUGUGAAAGAGAAGCAGAAGAAUUAAGAAGGAGGUCGACAAAUUCAUUGAAUAUUCCAUCAAGUGUUCAUUCGUUAUCAUCAAUCAAUGCCAAAAAAGAACGAAGACAAAGUAAAUUAAGUGAACCAAGUGGAGAAUUUGGACUGUUUCAUUUUAGAAAUUUAUCAGUUUUAGAAAAACAGAAUAAAGAUGUUAUCAAUAGAUUGAAAACUGAACAUUUAGAGCAUAAAAAUAAUUUCUCGACACCUUCACUAGAAAGUACACCCGUGCUUCGAUCAAGAGGGUUUUCAUUUAAUAAUGCAACAGCAACAACAUCAACAACAGCCAUUACUAAUAACAAUACUAAUCUGAGCAGUGGGUCAAUACACUCGAGUCCUUUCAAAAGACCUGUUUCACCACCAGUGGCAACAUUGGGAUCACCGGCGAACCCAAACAUCUUAAGAUCCGCCUCUCCUCACCGCCUUUUAGAAUCUCAUAUAGCAGCCAACCAACACCAUUCACGACACGAAAGGAUUCCAUCAACUGUGAGUACAUACUCCCUGGGUGACGAAUUAUUAAACCAAGAUUCUUUGAAUACAUCUAAUUCAUUUUACCAUCAACGAUCAAGCAGCUCACCUUAUGUCCAAGCAGUAAGUAAACCACCAAGUUUUUCCAAUCCUAGUUCCAAUGCAAAUUCCAAUCCAAACUCCUACACCCACUCCUACACCUACUCCUACUCUAAUCCCAACACAGCCAUCUCAUCACAAUCUCACUUUCGAGAUUUUUCAUCGCCAAACUCCUCGGAUUCUGAGGAGAUCAAUAGAUCAAGCGCUUUAUUACGAGUUCAGCGACGUCAAGGAAGCUCACGUAUGUCUGACCCCAUGUCAUCCUCAUCGCAUAACGAGGUCGAUGUUCUUUAUUGCGAGCCUAUAUCAACAUUGCGUCGCCAAGUUGUGAAAAUGCUUGAAAAAGCAGAUUGUAUAACUGUUUCCGUAUCGGAUGGCGAAGAUCUUAUCAAAAGAGCAACAAGUCAAGUAAAGUUUGAUUUUAUAAUGACGAGUUUGAGAUUAUCUAAAGUCGAUGCUAUUGAUGCUAUUAAAUUGAUUAAAUAUACAACGGGCAAGAACACAAAUACUCCUGUGAUUGCAAUAACUGGGUACCCCGAAGAAGCAAGGCGAAGUGGUUGUUUUGAUUAUGUUAUUGAAAAACCAGUGACGUUGGAACUGAUUAAAAAAUGUCUUUUUAAGUUUCUCAAUAUGGAUGUUAGUGGAGUUGGGGUUGGAGUUGGAGUUGGAAGUGGUGAUGUUGAUGAUGUUGAUGAUGAGGAUGAUGAUGAUGAGGAUGAUGGUGGUGAUGAUGAUGAGGAUGAUGAUGAUGAUGAGGAUGAUGAGGAUGAUAAUAAUAACAAUGAUGAUAACAUGAAUAAUAAUAACAAUAGAAGUGUUGUCAUCUACUGA